CUUCGUGUUCCUGCGCUUCUUCGCUCCGGCCCUGCUCAGUCCGAAGCUGUUCGAUCUCACUCAGGAGCAGCUGGACCCUCAGACGAGUCGGACGCUGAAGCUCAUCUCCAAGACCAUCAACAGCCUGGGCAGCUGCGUCGGCUCCCGCAGCGCCGUAACGUUCAAGGAGGAGUACAUGACGCCGGUCAACCAGGACUUCUUCAACGAUAGCUACCUGCAGAAGCUGCGGCUGUUCCUGGACGUGAUAUCGACGGAGUCGGCUCCCCACCAGGCCCUGGAUUCGCCGAUCAUACUCAAGGAGGGCUGCCCGAACGGAAAACUGGUAAGACGACGGCGCGUUUCCGGUUGUGGGACGUUGCUUGGUUCCCCUGCGAUCGCACGUGUAGAUCGUCGCCCGUCCCCAGCGCAACAGCCAGAUCUCGCAGCGCAGUACCCAUCGGGCACCAAGGUGCUGGUGAAGCGGGCUAUGGGCCGCCGGCUCAUGGGUCUGAAGAACUUCCGACAGCGCUACUUCUGCCUCACCACACGCAGCCUGACGUACGCGGCCCACAAGGGACAACGGCCCCUGCACGAGAUCCCCGUGGACAACAUCCGGACCGUGGAGCUGGUGGAUGAGGCGCAGUUCAAGAAGAAGAACAUGUUCAAGCUGGUGCAGCCGGACAAGGAUCUGUACAUACAGGCCAACAACUGCGUCGACCAGAAGGCCUGGGUGGACAUCUUGUCCAAGGUGUGCGCGCACAACCAGGACAAGACGGACCAGUUCCACCCUGGCCAGUUCCGGGACAAUAUCUGGACCUGCUGCCGGACGCCGACCAAGAACGCCAUCGGCUGCGCGCCGGUGACGGCCGAUAAGCUGCACGCCGAGAUCAAGCUGGCCGCCGACAGCGACCGCGAGAUGGAGCGGGACGAGUACGCCUGUAAGGCCGUGUACUUGGGCGACCCCGACUACGAGAUCCAGGACACGGAGGUGGGCUACAAGACCAUCAACAGCAUCGUGUCGGCGGUGAUCUCGCUGGAGCAGGAGCACCGCGACCACAGCCGCAGCCUGGCACGGGGCAUCCGCUACGGCUCCCGGCGCGCCUCGCACCCGCUGAAAGCCUAG